CUCUGACAUACCCAAAAAACCACAAGUGAUUUUCACAUACAGCAGCAGACGUGUCUUCUGUGUCUAUGCAGAUGUCUCCGGGUACCUUAUAAAGACUACCAUCUGUAUACUACACGGAAAGGAGGCAAUUUUAACAAAUCCAGAUAAGAAUGGCAGCGUGGGACCUAACAGUCAGUGUGGAGGAUCUUGGUCCUGAUGCUCUGCCCCUCAAAAUUAGUGUGACCUCUGAACUGCACAUUGGGGGAGUUAUUCUCAAAGUAGUAGAGCAAAGCAAGUUACAGAAGGACUGGUCCGAUCACGCUCUGUGGUGGGAGCAGAAACAGCAGUGGCUGCUCCGGACAGCAUGGACACUGGAUAAGUGUGGGGUGCAUGCAGACGCCCGGCUUUUUUUUACCCCACAGCACAAGCCUCUUCGUCUGGGUCUGCCAAGUGGCAUCACAGUUAAAGUUCGGGCCUGUUUUUCCAAUCCUAUGUUUCGGUGUAUAAUGGGAAUCUGCAGGAUUCUUAAUAUUCGGCACCCAGAGGAGCUCUCCUUGCUUCGCCCUGUUGAAGAGAAAAAGAAAAAGAAAAAUAAAGAUUCCUCAGAAGAGCUGUAUGACAUUACAGAUCUGCCUCUAACUGCAGGUUCCAGUCAAGUUCUGUAUAACGGAAUGCCGGCCUAUUUCGCUCAGACUCCAAAUACUGAGGCUGUGUAUAAAAAGCUGUCUGUUAGUCUGCCCUCUCCUGCACCUGAAACUAUUGCGAAACUCUAUCGGCCAGCAAGCGUGGUGGACAAAACACACAUUAACACCAGGUGGAUGGAUUCAUCGCGUUCACUGAUGCAGCAAGGAAUACAAGAAAAUGACAAACUUUCGCUGCGUUUUAAAUACUACACUUUCCAUGACGUGGAUCCCAAGUAUGAUGCAGUGCGUUUGACGCAGCUUUACGAACAAGCUCGAUGGGCUAUCCUCAUGGAGGAUAUAGACUGCACAGAGGAAGAAAUGAUGCUCUUUGGAGCCCUGCAGUACCACAUAGGAAAACUAUCCUUGUCCCAGGACAUGGUCUCUUCCAGUCAGGGCAUGGAUGACCUGGAAUCUGCCCUGAAAUCUCUGGAGGUUAAGAUGGUGGGAGAGGAUAACGGCACAGACAUGCUGGAUACCAUGACUGCUCCAGAAUUAAAUGACUAUUUGAAAAUUUUUCGGCCUAAGAAACUAACCCUGAAGGGUUACAAGCAGUACUGGUGCAAAUUUCAGGAAACAUCAAUCUCUUAUUAUAAGAGUAAAGAGGAGCGUUAUGGAGAGCCAAUACAACAACUCAACCUGAAAGGCUGUGAGGUGGCCCCAGAAGUAAAUGUAGCAGGCCAGAAGUUCUGCAUUAAACUUCUUAUUCCCGCACCAGAAGGCAUGAAUGAAGUCUAUCUGCGAUGUGAAAAUGAGAAGCAAUAUUCUCAGUGGAUGGCAGCUUGUAAACUGGCCUCUAAAGGUCUCACCCUGUUGGACAGCUCGUAUCAAAGUGAAGUGAAGAACAUCCAGACGUUUCUCUCUAUGCAGCGAUCCAAUUCCCCAGCUGCCACUGCACAAACAGAUGAAAGCAUCAAUACACACAGUCUUGUCUCACCAAGAUACCAUAAGAAAUACAAGCCCAAACAGUUAACCCCUCGAAUUCUGGAGGCUUAUCAAAAUGUUGCCCAGCUGUCCUUGACAUCUGCCAUCCUAAAGUUUCUGCAGAUCUGGCAAGCACUGCCAGAUUUUGGAAUAUCUUACUUCAUGGUUAGGUUUAAAGGCAGCCGUAAGGAUGAAGUCUUGGGCAUCGCUAACAACCGCCUGAUCCGUAUAGAUCUUGGAGUUGGAGAUGUGGUAAAGACGUGGCGCUACAAUAACAUGAGACAGUGGAAUGUUAAUUGGGAUAUAAGACAGGUGGCCAUUGAAUUUGAUGGGAACAUUAACAUAGCGUUCAGCUGUGUGAACGCAGACUGUAAGGUUGUACACGAGUACAUCGGGGGAUACAUCUUCAUGUCCACGCGCGCUCGAGAGCAAAGUGAUACGCUGAAUGAGGAGCUGUUCCACAAACUCACUGGAGGACAUGAAGCUCUCUGAUCACAAAGGAACAACUGAAUUAACUCAAGACUUUCCUGAAGUUACAUAUGAAGGAAACUGAUAAGAAAACAGUGUUAUGACCGCACAUCAACUUUUUACUUGUUUUAAACAAUGAGUGUACAUUUGUGAUCAGUAGGUUGAACUGAUAAAGUAUUACUAACUGUAAAUGGCAAAUAAUUUUUACUUUAUGUAUUAACAAGUUACAGACAUUAAGGGGUGGUUUCCCGGACAGGGAUUAGCUUAAACCAGGACUAGGCCUACAACUUUCUUCUUUUAUCCAAACACAGUCAAGGUUAUAUUAAAUAAUAUCUUGGCUUUUUUCAGCUUUAAAAUGGGAUUGAAUAGAGCCCCAUUUUCAAAUCUUAAAAACAGAGAGUUCAUAUACAUGUUAUAUGUCAUACUGUAUGAUGGCUUAAGGGGGAACAAAAUGGAAAUAUUUAAAAUUUAAGGUAACCUAUUUCUUCAAGUAUCCUUUAUAAUAUAUAUGACUUGGCCAGUAGGAAGUAGCCAAUAAUAACCUAAAUGAUUUAAAAUGUAUUUUUGAAAUCAUCUAAAUGUCUGUAAAUUGGCCAUAAGACAUAAUAAAACAUCAUAUUAACUGUCUUUAUUAAAA